CAUGGGCUGAUCAGGUGCUUGUCCCCUUUGUGGUUUAGUUACCUGCAUUGGAAUCCGGCUUCUGUCUAUGCUGAUAAUCCAGCCUCAAUGCAGCCGAACAGGAGACGCAAAAUAGAGUGGGACAGCUUGUCCAUUAGCUCACCUACCAAAUACUACAAACUGACCAGAGAAGGGCCACCACAUCCUUCCCCUAGCAGCAGUGGCUUUGGUGGCCCGACAGCUACAUUCAGAAAGACUGAAACCUUGUAUUCCCCAGAAUCUUCCUAUAAAGAGUUCUCAAGAACUUCAUUCACAGCAGAGGAUUCUUCCUCUGAUGAAUUUGAAAUAGAUGAUGGGAUCAGCAGCAUGGUUAGGGAGAGCGUGGACCAUUCCCUUUCCAGUAGAGCCCUGCUUGUAAAACAUACAGUUUGUGACAUGUCUAAGAGAAGUGUUACAUCUUCAUCUCGAGAAUCUUUGAAACAAAAGAGCAAACAAGAUGAUUGUAAUGAUGCAAGCCCAAGCCUUACACCAAGUACUGAAAGAAAAGGUGCCUCAAAGGAAGCAGAGUCUGAAUGUGGCCGGAGGAGAGCAAGGGACCAGGAUCAAGACCAGGGCUCUCGAGUAAUAUACCGCAAAGCUCUACUGAGUAUAUUUGGUGGAGCACUGAAAGCCAGAAGACAGGCAGCAUCUCCAAAUGGAAUUCAUGUGGAAAGCCCUCAUCAUAGAAAAGAAGCAUCUGGCUCAGCUGACAACUUGAAACAUCUUUCAAUAACAUCAAAACCUGGAGAAGAGCAAGCUGGAAAAGAUUCAGACUGCUUAAAACCUAUAACAAAGGAGCAAAUUAAUAUUUCUAUCAGACAGGAUAGAAAAAAGUCUUGUGGGUCAGAUGGCAACUCAAGACAUGUGUCUGUAGUUUCAAGAUCAGUAGGAGAAAAUGAACUUCAACAAGAGUCCUUUCCUAAAGCUGCUGCAAAAGAAGAAAACAAUACUUCUAGACACAGUGGAAAAGAGGCUUCCAGACCAGGGGCCAGCUCAAGGCACAUUCCUGUAAAACUAAACUUUGAAGAUGAAUGUGAAUUUCAACAAGAGUCCAACUUUAAGAGAGCUGCUGCAAAAGAAGAAAAUAGUACCUCUAGGCACAGUGAAAAAGAGGCUUCUAGACCAGGGGCCAGCUCAAGACACAUUCCUGUAAAACCAAGAUUUGAAGAUGAAUCUGACGUUCAACAAGAGUCCAACUUUAAGAAAACUGCUGCAAAAGAAGAACAUAACAUCUCUAAAUACAGUGGAAAAGAGACUUCUAGACCAGGGGCCAGUUCAAGACACAUUUUUGUUAAACAAAGAUUUGAAGAUGAAUGUGAACUUCAACAGGAGUCCUUUCCUAAAGCUGCUGCAAAAGAAGAAAAUAGUACCUCUAGGCACAGUGAAAAAGAAGCUUCCAGACCAGGGGCCAGCUCAAGACACAUUUCUGUAAAACCAAGAUUUGAAGAUGAAUCUGAACUUCAACAAGAGCCCAACUUUAAGAAAACUGCUGCAAAAGAAGAAAACAGUACCUGUAGGCACAGUGGAAAAGAGGCUUCUAGACCAGGAGCCAGCUCAAGACGCAUUCCUGUAGUGUCAAGUUUUGAAGAUGAAUCUGAACUUCAGCAAGAGUCCAACUUUAAGAAAGCUGCUGCAAAGGAAGAAAUCAAUUCUAGGCACAGUGGAAAAGAGGCUUCUAGACCAGGAGCCAGCUCAAGACGCAUUCCUGUAGUGUCAAGUUUUGAAGAUGAAUCUGAACUUCAGCAAGAGUCCAACUUUAAGAAAGCUGCUGCAAAGGAAGAAAUCAAUUCUAGGCACAGUGGAAAAGAGGCUUCCAGACCAGGAGCCAGCUCAAGACACAUCUCUGAAUUACCAAGAUUUGAAGAUAAACCAGACCUUAAACAGGAAUCAAGUGGUCCACUAAUUACAGUGGAAGAUGACAUUGGUACUUCUGUUGGAUGGAGUAAAAAAAGGCCUUGCAGAGAGCCUUGCAGAUCAGAAAAGAAUUUUAAAAGCCCUUGUAACCUUUCACAAGUUGAAGGAGAACAAAAACAUAAGCAAGAUUCUACCAAACAUCAAAGUAAAACCAGCGAAGAGCAUGCUUGUGCCAAUCUAAGUAAAAAGGAAUCUUGGAGACCAGAAAACCACUUGAGAUGUGUUUCUGAAGUUUCAAGAUAUGAUGGUGAAACAUUGAAGCAGGAUUGCAGCAAUCAGAAAACUACUGCAAAAGACACUAAUGCUUCCACAAAACAAAAAAACAUGUUGAAAGAAAAAUGCACUUCUCCCAGUUCAUUUGACACACAGAGUGAUGCUAAAAAUAAGUUUGUGAAUUUCCAGAGGACAGUUAUUGUUGAACCUUCUCCAAAACUUGUGUUUGUGGAUGAACACGAUUCAGAAGUAGAUCAGCAGUUUAUGGAACAAGAAAAAGAACCCUCAGUUGGAAGUGAUUGGUCUGACAUGGAGGAUGCAGAACCACUAACUACUUUCUCACAGGAGGAUUCCAUCCCAAACCACAGUACUUCAGAAGUAGUGGAGACUUCAGUGUUGGCAACAGAGUUUGUGAUGUAUCCUCCUCAUUUGUACAGUCAUGGGAUGAGUGAUUAUGCGAAGUACUGGAGAAACAGCCCCAAGCCAACAGGUUGUCCUUCCUUUUCAAGCCCCUCUGAAGACAUUUCAUAUGCCAGUCAUCUUUGUGAUAUUUCUUCAGAUACCUCAACAGGUAUCCCAUCAAAUACAUCAAGAGAUAAAGAACCUUCAGUGGAAAGUGUGUAUGGCACACCACGAUCAGUCAGUUCUCCGUUGAUCUGCAAGGAGAAAAGUAGACGAAGGAGUAUGGAAGUAGCGUCAUGUGUUCCUAUCUUCUCCACAUCACGCAAGUCGGACUCUCACAUUAAUAAUCAUUUAAACCAGAAUUUGCCUGGUGACUUACCUAAAUAUUUAGAAGAAGGGUUUAUUGAUACCCACUGCCAUCUGGAUAUGUUAUAUUCAAAGAUAGCUUUCAGGGGCACCUUUUCUAAGUUUCGAAAGACUUAUGAUAGCACCUUUCCUGAAGAAUUUCAAGGCUGUAUAGCUGAUUUUUGUGACCCUCGUACCUUGAACAACUUCUUAUGGGAAGAUUUAUUAAAGGAAGACAUGGUUUGGGGGGCUUUUGGCUGUCAUCCACACUUUGCACGUUACUACACAGACGUUCAUGAAAGAAAUCUUUUACAGGCAAUGAGGCACCCCAAAGCUAUUGCCUUUGGAGAAAUGGGGCUGGAUUACUCUUAUAAGUGUAGUACUGAAGUCCCAAAGCAGCAUAAGGUAUUUGAAAGGCAACUGAAUCUAGCUGUUUCCUUAAGGAAGCCAUUGGUAAUUCACUGCAGAGAUGCUGAUGCUGAUCUGUUGGAAAUCAUGAAAAGAUGUGUACCAAAAGACUACAAAAUACACAGGCAUUGCUUUACUGGUAGAUACAGCGUCAUAGAACCAUUAUUGGACUACUUUCCAAAUCUUACUGUUGGAUUUACAGCAUUACUGACGUAUCCAUCAGCUAAUGAGGCUAGAGAGUCGGUUCGAAAAAUCCCUUUAAAGAGAAUAGUUGUAGAAACAGAUGCACCUUAUUUCCUUCCUAGGCAGGUGCCCAAAAGUGUAUGCCAGUAUUCACACCCAGGAGUAGCUCUGCACACAGUGAAAGAAAUUGCCCGCCUCAAGGAGGUGCCAUUGUCAGUCAUGUUAGCUAUUCUAAGGCGAAAUACCAACAAAAUGUAUGACUUAUAGGAAGGUGCAAGGGGAUAUGAAAGAGCUGAUGAGGAAAGGCUUCUAGAUCUUUUAUAUUAUGUUUUAUUAUGUUUUCGUAUUUUAUGGUUUUAAAAUUUGUUUAGUCAGCCGCCCAGAGAACUUUGGUUAUUCGGCAGUGUACAAAUGUGAUAAAGAAGUGAUUCUGUUCCCUUUAAGUGUUUAUUUUUUAAUGUGAAUGUAGAUUUGGGCUUGCACACCAGCUUGAAUAUUUUGACUUGUGGGAACAAGGAAAAUAUUAACAAGUGCUUAAUUGAUGCACAAUCCUUUAAAAUGUACACAUUUUCCUGAUUUCCUCCCUGCAGUUAUUUGUUGCCUGCCAUUUAAGGUGCCUUAAUGUUGAUUUUAUUCCUAUGAUUAGCUUUCCUUUUUAAUUACUAAUCCUGGAGGGCAAUGAAGAUAACAAACUGUCUGCAUUUUAAUUUUUAAAUUUGUAUUAACAUAUUCUAAAAAGAUAACUUGAGCAUUUUUGGGAGGUCUACUUCAUCAGAAAGGAAAAAUCUAGGUGUUGUUGAUUUAGUAUGAAGAAACUUACCCGGAACUAAAGAGCUCUUCAAUGAUUGAGGUUGUAUCUGACCAGGUAACUUCUGCAGUGUUACUUCUUUGUUGUUUACCACCAUUAAAACAUUCCCACCUUUUGAUGUAGUGUGAAUGGAGAAAUAUGCUCAAAGGAAUAAUGAAGUGCAUUUCCUGAAUAUGAUAGUUAAAAUUCUUUCAAUAUCUGUUAGUACAAUGGAUCUUAUCAAAGGAUGACUGUAAAGUACAUGGCAAGAAUUAGUUUUUAAAGAGAAAAGGAACUUGCCUAAAAAUUCACAGAUACUGAUUAAGAGGCUGGUUGUCAAAGUCAUGUUCAUUAGAUAUAUACUAUGUAGGCCUGAAGAAACCUAACUGCAUGCAAGGCAAUGGAAUAAAGGCAAGAGAGUGAAAUAAGGUUCUUGAGAUUAUUUCAUGGAAAACCAUGGUUAAUUUUUAAUUUUAUUUUAAAUUAGGCCAGCUUUAAUCACUUCAAUGAGUUCCUUUUUAAUAAGGAAAAUUACAUGUUUAUAUAAUGUUAUGUAUUAUUUGGACUUCAAAGAGCUUAUUUGUAAAUAAAUGUAUUUUUAUAGAAAUGCUCAUGUUUGAUUAUAUUAUUGGCUCUUGUCAGUGAGGCAAGAAAUUAAACUCUUGUCAAUAACAUUGAAAGCAAGCAUUGUUUCUCUACUUUACCUUUGUCUUCAAGACAGCAUGUUAUAUGCAUGCAAAGGUUCUUUCUGUAGAUACUUCUAUUCAUGUUCUCCACUGUUUGUGAAAAUAACCUCUGAAAUAAUUUCCCCUUCUCAUGUGUGUGAGAUGUAUGCUUGUAUUCAGGAAUGACAAUAAAACCAUGCUCCCCACCUCCAA